CGACGCCAAGACAAACACAUUCUCUCUCUCUCUCUCUCUCUCUCAUAAAGAGAGGAGGAAGCGGCCAUCGCUGGGCACCUCUUGGUUCAUGGCGAUGGCUUGAAUCCUUGGGGUUUGUGCUGAAGUUCUGUUUCUUGGAAGAAAGGCAGGGUUUUGAGCUGUCUUUUUUGAGUUUUUGAGGUUUUUUUUGGGGUGGACUUUUGUUUGUUGUUUGGUUUAUAGAUUUGGGAGGUGGAAUGGUUGAUGGGUGUGGAGAUUUGUAAUAAAGCUUGGAUUUUUAGUGGUUUUUGAUUUGUUUUUGAGGUUGAUAUUACGGUGAGAAUGUGGGUUUUGUGAUUCUUUUUGGAGUUUGGAGCCUGAUUUGAAGCGGCAUUGAUUGGAAUCUAAGAGAUAGGGUUGUGCUUCUACGAGAGAUCUUGGUCUGUGGGUGCCAUUGAUGUGCAGGCUGGAGAAGACGACGGCAAGAUCGGAGUAUCGGCAAGAGAGCAUGGGGUUGAAGACGGAGAAGCUGAAAGGGGUGGCAAUGGCGGGGGUUUCAAGGUCUAGGGUUAAACUUUGGAUGAUCCGAGCUACGACUACGGUAUUGCUGUGGACGUGCGUCGUCCAGUUGACCGCGCUUAGUGAGAUGUGGGGGCCGAGAGUUCUCAAAGGGUGGCCUUCGUGCUUCAGUCCUUCAGACUCUCCGAUUCCGAUGAAGCUGUCAUCUUCUUCGAUGGAGGUCUCUCUUCCUCCCAAAAGAAUCUAUAAGAAUAAUGGCUACUUAAUGGUUUCCUGCAAUGGUGGUCUUAAUCAGAUGCGAGCAGCAAUUUGUGAUAUGGUUGCUAUUGCAAGAUACUUGAAUGUGACACUUAUAGUACCAGAAUUGGACAAAAGCUCCUUUUGGGCUGAUCCAAGUGAAUUCCAAGACAUAUUUGAUGUAGAUCAUUUUAUUACCUCAUUGCGGGAUGAAGUCCGGAUUUUGAAAGAGCUUCCCCCAAGGCUAAAGAAAAGGGUGGAGUUAGGAAGGGUCCCUUCAAUGCCGCCAAUAAGUUGGUCUGAUAUCUCAUACUACCUUUAUCAGAUUCUACCUUUGAUACAAAAGCACAAGGUUUUGCACUUGAAUAGAACAGAUGCCCGGCUAGCUAACAAUGGCCUCCCGAUGGAGAUUCAGAAAUUACGCUGCCGAGUGAAUUAUAGUGCUCUGCGGUUUACUUCUCAAAUAGAAGAACUUGGGAAAAAAGUGAUCAACAUUCUUCGGCAGAAUGGCCCAUUCCUCGUCCUUCACCUCCGAUAUGAAAUGGAUAUGUUGGCUUUUUCUGGAUGUACCCAAGGCUGUACUCAGGAGGAGGUCGAGGAGUUGACACGAAUGAGAUAUGCGUAUCCUUGGUGGAAAGAGAAAGUCAUAAACUCUGAUUUGAAAAGAAAGGAUGGCCUCUGCCCUUUAACACCCGAGGAAACUGCUCUGAUUUUGACAGCUUUGGAUAUUGAUAGGAGCAUCCAGAUUUACAUUGCAGCCGGAGAAAUAUACGGUGCUGAACGUAGAAUGGCUAGUCUUUCUUCUGCCUUCCCUAAUGUGGUGCGAAAGGAGACGCUGCUUGAAGCUUCCGAUCUUAGAUUUUUCCAAAAUCACUCGUCUCAAAUGGCGGCCUUAGACUAUAUGGUUUCCUUAGAAAGUGACAUUUUUGUUCCCACAUAUGAUGGGAACAUGGCAAAAGUUGUCGAAGGUCAUCGCAGGUACUUGGGUUACCGAAAGACUAUUUUGUUGAACCGAAAGCUACUUGUCGAGUUGGUAGAUCAGUACAACAGUGGAUCUUUGAACUGGCAUGGAUUCUCCUCCGCGGUGAAAGAAGCCCAUGGGAAUCGCAUGGGAAUGCCUUCGAGGAGAAUGGUGAUUCCAGAUAAACCAAAGGAAGAGGACUACUUCUAUUCCAACCCGCAAGAGUGCCUUCCAUUGCCUGAUGAUCAACCAUGGACUUCAUGAAAUACUCGGGUGGUUCAUCGAUAUGUUGAUUAUUACUAUUACACUACACUAUGCUACAAUUCUUUUACAUGUUGCAGUGAAUGAAAGAGCCUUGGCAAAAAGGUCUGUUGGAUCAAGUGAUCAAAAUGGAGAAAGCCAGUGGUGAUGCCAACUGACAAACAGUGGGAAGUGUUUGAUCUUUGGGGGAGCUGGUACAUAUACUUGUUUAGGAAUUAAGAUAACUUUAUUUUGUGAUCAUCUUCAAUAAGUAUGAAUUUUUGUAUAGUGAGCAACACUGUGAAAAGUGAAACAGAGUUCUAUCUAAAUAUACUUCAAAUAUAGGGGCUUGUUUGGGUUAGUUUUUA